GCACAAAAUGCAGUUGCAGUUGUGACAGAGUAAAAAAGACAUCGCCAUGAAGGUCCUCGUAGUUCUCCUUUUGGGUCUCACCUUGGCCCUAGCCGAACACGAUCACAGCCACCACCACCACCACCACGAAUCCUAUGUGGUGAAGACCCACGACGACCUGGUGACCUACCGCUCCUACUGUGCCGAGAAGGUCCACGCCAGCGAGGAGCUCGUGGAGAAGUACACGAAGUGGCAGUAUCCCGACGACGCGGUGACCCACUGCUAUCUGGAGUGCGUCUUCCAGAAGUUCGGCUUCUACGAUGCGGAGCACGGCUUCGAUGUCCACAAGAUCCAUGUUCAGCUGGCCGGAGCCGGAGCUGAGGUGAAUCACUCGGAUGAGACGCACCAGAAGAUCGCCAACUGCGCCGAAACUCACUCCAAGGAGGGCAACUCCUGCGCAAAGGCCUACCACGCCGGCAUGUGCUUCAUGAACGCCAACCUCCAGUUGGUCCAGCACAGUGUCAAGGUCUAGAAGAACCCAUCCAGACCCAUCUGAUCGCAUCGUUGCAGCUUAAAACAUAAAAAAAAACAAAUAAUAAAAAUACAAAUCGACCAAA